GAGCAGCUGACAUUGCUUCAAAACCACCUGGCAGAAAGAUACAACCGUGAGAUGAGCUGUGUGCCGCGGAUCCCCUGGGAUGAUACCGACACCAUGAACAUUGACGACGUGUUUGUCGAUCUGUCUCUCAUCCAAGAACAAAAGAAAGGUGGUGACCUCAAGAAGGUUCCUCUUAGGUCUUACCAGGAUAUCUUCAAGCCACACAUCAGAAAGAAAAGAAUCAUUAUCAGAGGUAAAGCUGGCUGUGGCAAAUCAACAGUUGCUGCAAAAAUGGCAGUCGAUUGGGCAAGAUCUAAGGUGCAAAGUGGCGCUAGUGGUUCAAGUGGCGAGAAUUCGGGAACAAAAGAUAACUCUUAUCUUGAAGAUGUGUCACUUCUGUUUCUAAUCAGGUUAAGGUUUCUUGACAAAGACCAAACCCUGCUUGAAUCAAUCAAAGAUCAGCUGAUAGACCCUUCUCUUGAAAUAUCAGAUGAAGCUUUGUUUAAGUACAUUCAUUCUAAUGCUGAAAGAAUCAUCAUAAUUUUAGAUGGCUAUGAUGAAUAUAAUCAUGCCAACCCACAGAAUAACAUAUCCAAACUGAUAAAAGGGGAGGUACUUGCUAGUGUAACAGUAAUUGUCACCUCACGCCCAUGGAAAGCACACGAGUUGUCCAAACAUAGGCCCAGUGACAUGCAUGUUGAAAUCAACGACAUGUCCGCGGAUGAAAUUGUCAAAUUUAUCCAAAACCAUUUCACAGGUAGAGAUCCAGGUUAUCACGAGUCAGUUGUGCAGUAUGUGAAGAAAUUUCAUCUAUCCAUAUCACCCACCCCGUUACUGUUACUCUUUAUAUGCAUUUUAUGGGAUGAAGAAACUGCAGAACAAAUGCCCAACUCCCUCACAGUUCUUUAUCAAGAACUUGUAACUCUAAUUUCGGACAGAUAUGUAGCCCGUCAAGAAAAUCCAGAAACGGCAAAAUGUUAUCUAUCAGAAAAGACAAAUAUUAUCGGUAAAAUUGCUUUUGAUGGCCUUCUUUUCGGUAACCUUGUAUUUGAUGAAACUAAUUCAAGCAUUAAGGAUUUGGGGGAACAGAUUUUCCACACAGGUAUCAUGUCUCGUUUAAAACUUAGUAGCAUAAGGACAAAGGCCCACAAAUCAAGCUUUUCGUUUAUUCAUAAGACCAUUCAGGAAUAUUUUGCUGCCAAGCACUUAGUUGAAAGUUGUAAGGAUAGGUCUCACUCAGAGCCAAUUGAGACAUUUUUAGGCCAUAUUAACUCUUUAGAGCGGUUCCAAGAUAUGGCAAAUGUCAUACAAUUUGUAUGUGGCCUGUCCUCAGAGGUAGCAGCAGUGAUCUUUUCUCAUUUGCACAGCGUAACAGACAAAGAUGCAGAUUUUAAGACUGCAUAUUUUGUAGAAAAGUGGAAUAUAGAUUCAGACUGUAACCCUUUGUUUAUACGCCUUAUAACUGAAAUGUUGACAAACAAUCAUGUUGUAACCCAUCAACACAUGCAAUGGCUGAAUCAUCUCUUUGAUUUUCACAUACGUGGUAUUUAUCCCCAGGCAGCAGAUAAAAUAUUGCAAUAUGCUCAUCAGAUCACUCAUUUUGCCAUGACGUCCACAUUAGAUGCCAGAAUUCACAAAUUACACCACCAUACUAUCUUUCCCUCCUUGAAGAAAUUGUUAUUGUCAGACACUCAAUAUUACAAAGAUGGUUGUUUAGAAAACAAAUGUGCACAUCCAAACUCGAGGAUCUUGUCAGGAAGUUCCAUGAGAAGUUUGAUAUAUCUAGAAGUGCAUCGAAGCAACUUGGAAUUGUUUCUGUCACUUGAGCCUCCAUUCCCAUGUCUGGAGACGUUGCUUGUCAGGUUCUGCCCUCCUCCCCUCCAACACCUGGUAGAUAUGUUCCAACUGGUGUCUACAAAGAGCAUGGUCAACCUUCUUACACUGGAUCUGUCAGACACAGUCUUGGCUGAAUGCGAAACAUGUAUGAAAUUUAAUAAGGAGUCCCAGUCUGUAAGAAUUACUUGCUUAGAAUAUGGGACGGACCCAUUCACAGUACAAAUAUAA